AUGGUGGUGGUUGCCUUGGGCGUGCUUCGGCUGAUGCGGUGGGUUGAUGGUAAUAGGAACAGCUGGCCAAAGCCCAGCUGGGCCUGGCACAAGGACCCCAAGCAGAUGCUUGAAAUCUCAAUAUUUGAACUGAGAAACACUGUAACAGAACUGGAAAAAAGGCUUAGCAGUGUUGAAGAUGAAGGUAAUGAAUGGAAAACCAGGUAUGAGACACAAGUAGAACUGAACAGACAGCUGGGGAGGCAGAUUAAUAUUCUUCAAGAUAAGAUGGAGCUUAUUCAUGGAAAUCCAGCAGAUAAACUGUCCAUUGUUCGCACCUUUGAUCAAAUGCCUUUGGAUGCCUUAAAGGAAGUUCUUAAACAACUAGAAGAAAAGAAGAAAAUUCUCCAGAAUCAGCUAAAAGACUAUGAACUUAGGCUGGAACAAGAAGCUAAGGCUUACCACAAAGCUAAUGAUGAGCGGCGCAUGUGCCUCUCCGAGAUCUUACAGACCUCAGCUAGACUUAAAAUUGUUGAAGGGCAAAAUCCAGAUGUUCUGACAGGCAAGAGAGAAAUCCAGACGCUGAGAGGGAGAUGCAGUGUACCAAGAAACCCAAAGAUGGUUAAUCCUCCAAAAGGAUCAAUUAAUAAGACUGCAGGAGUGAAGCAGCUUCCCAAACUAAAGCACUGAUUUAACAUCAAUGCCAAGA